UCCUCUGCUCUGGGUAACUCCUGUUGAGGUCAAACAGAGCAAUGCACGUGACUGAUUGUCACAUGAUGAUCGUGACGUCCUGUUGUAGUCUGUCAGCUGUUUGCACAGGACAUUAGCAAGAUACUGUAGUAGAUAUAUCACAGGAUGGAUAUCCGCGGGGCUGUGGACGCUGCAGUCCCCACCAACAUCAUUGCUGCAAAGGCAGCAGAGGUGCGGGCCAAUCUGGUCAACUGGCAGUCCUACUUGCAGAGUCAGAUGAUCUCAGCGGAGGACUGUGAAUUCAUCAAGAAGUUUGAGGUGGCAAACUCUGAGGAGAAACAGGUCAUUCUGACCAAUGAAGGACAUCAGUGUGCUAAGACCUUUCUGAACCUGAUGGCCCACAUCUCCAAGGAGCAGACAGUCCAGUAUAUCCUGACUCUGAUUGAUGACACAUUGCAGGAGAACCAUCAGAGGGUGAACAUCUUCUUUGACUAUGCCAAAAAGACAAAGAACACCGCCUGGUCCUAUUUCCUUCCCAUGCUGAAUCGUCAGGACCUUUUUACUGUGCACAUGGCGGCGAGGAUCAUCGCUAAGCUGGCUGCCUGGGGCCGUGAUCUGAUGGAAGGAAGUGAUUUGAACUACUACUUCAACUGGAUCAAAAGCCAGCUCAGUUCACAGAACCUACAUGGUACAGGUCCAGAAACAAGCUCAGGAGCAGGAACUAUGUCCCCCAGUGAAAGCUCUCAGUAUGUCCAAUGUGUGGCCGGCUGCCUUCAGCUGAUGCUGAGGGUCAAUGAAUAUAGGUUUGCCUGGGUGGAGGCUGAUGGAGUCAACUGCAUCACAGCAGUGCUGAGCAACAAGUGCGGCUUCCAGCUCCAGUAUCAGAUGAUCUUCUGCAUUUGGCUCCUGGCCUUCAGUCCUCAGCUCUGUGAGCAGCUGAGACGUUACAACAUAGUGCCGGCCCUGUCCGACAUCCUCCAGGAGUCUGUCAAGGAGAAGGUCACUCGAAUUAUUCUAGCUGCAUUCAGGAAUCUCCUGGAGAAGUCCGCAGAGCGGGAGACUCGUCAGGAGUACGCUUUGGCCAUGAUUCAGUGUAAGGUGCUGAAGCAGCUCGAGAACCUGGAGCAGCAGAAGUAUGAUGACGAGGAUAUCACUGAGGACAUUAAGUUCCUCCUGGAGAAGCUGGGAGAGAGUGUGCAGGAUCUCAGCUCAUUUGAUGAGUACAGCUCUGAACUCAAGUCGGGUCGUCUGGAAUGGAGUCCUGUGCACAAGUCUGAGAAGUUCUGGCGUGAGAACGCUGUCCGCCUGAAUGAGAAGAACUAUGAGCUCCUCAAGAUCUUGACGAGGCUGUUGGAGGUGUCUGAUGAUCCUCAAGUUAUAGCAGUGGCCGCUCACGACAUUGGAGAGUACGUGCGACAUUACCCACGUGGGAAACGGGUGAUUGAGCAGCUGGGUGGAAAACAGCUGGUGAUGAAUCAUAUGCACCAUGAGGACCAGCUCGUCCGUUACAAUGCCCUGUUGGCUGUGCAGAAGCUCAUGGUCCACAACUGGGAAUAUCUGGGAAGACAACUGCAGUCCAGUGAUCAGCAGCAAACCCCAGUCGUGGCAGCUCGAAGCUAAACUGUUACUGUGUGGAUGAGUGUGUACUGUAUGUACAUCAGUCUUUCCCAGUUUAAUAAUCAACUGUUCAUUUUGUGCAGUGACCUGAAAAUCAAACGGUGUGGUCUCCUCUAUCUGCACCACCUCAGUGUUACUUGAUUAGAUUGUUGUGCUACGUGUCAUGCCCUCUCAGCUGUGAUGUGCAAGUUAUUUAAGUCUUACCUGUAAAAAUCCUACUUGUUCUAUUAAAGAUGCUUAUGAUGUUCA